AUACAGCGUUGGACAACAGCACGCGAGAGAGAGAGAGAGAGAGAGAGAGAGUUGGGGAGUCUCCGAGGGAGAUGGCGGAGCUCCGCCACUCAGCUUCCAUGGGCAACAGGGCCUCCGCGGGCUCCUCCCCCGUCAAGCGCGACGAUCCCUCCGCCCCAUUCGUCUCUGCCAGCGGCGCCGAUGGCGGUGGGCGCGAUCGGGACCGGGAUCGCGACAAGGAUCCGCACCGCGCCCCCUUCGCCUCCUCUGUCCUCCAUCUGCCGCCCCCCAUCCGGUCCCUCCUCGCCCUCGAGGACCCCAGGGUCUCCACCUCCACCGCUUACCGGAUCCUCGUCGCUUUCCUCGCCUUUCUUGUGCUGGCUGGCUUCCUCUCCCUCCCCUCUCUUUGGAGUCGCCUGAAUGCACCUUAUUUGUGCCGCAAGGAAGGGAUUGUUCUUCACUGCCCUCGCGUGAAGGAGCCUCCAUCACUUUGGGAGAAUCCCUACUCUGCGACUACCUCAUGGAAACCAUGUGCUGAGCGCCGGGAGGGUGGUAUCUCGGAUCUUCCUUCUGAGAAUGAAACCAAUGGUUACAUAUUCAUCCAUGCUGAGGGUGGUCUUAACCAACAACGUAUAGCUAUAUGUAAUGCCGUUGCUGUUGCCAAAAUAAUGGGUGCAACUCUUAUUUUGCCGGUGCUAAAGCAAGAUCAAAUCUGGAAAGAUCAAACGAAGUUUGAAGACAUAUUUGAUGUUGAUCAUUUUAUUGAAUACUUGAAGGAUGAUGUACGUAUCGUAAGAGAUAUUCCUGAGUGGUUUGUAGACAAAGCAGAGCUUUUCACCAGUAUAAGACGAACAGUAAAGAACAUUCCAAAAUAUGCAUCAGCAGACUUCUAUAUCGACAAUGUACUUCCGAGGAUCAAGGAGAAGAAGAUAAUGGCUCUAAAACCUUUUGUUGAUAGGUUGGGGUAUGAUAAUGUUCCACCAGAAAUAAACAGGCUCAGGUGUAGAGUUAAUUAUCAUGCCUUAAAAUUUUUACCUGAGAUUGAGGAAAUGGCUGAGAAAUUGGCGGCAAGAAUGAGGAACCGCACUGGAAAUGUCAACCCGUACAUGGCACUACAUCUGAGAUUUGAGAAGGGAAUGGUGGGCCUCUCUUUCUGUGAUUUUGUUGGAACUAGAGAAGAGAAAGCAAUGAUGGCAGCAUAUAGACAGAAAGAAUGGCCGAGACGGUACAAGAAUGGAUCCCACCUCUGGCAGCUAGCACUUCAGAAAAGAAAGGAAGGACGUUGCCCUCUAGAGCCUGGCGAGGUUGCUGUCAUAUUGCGGGCAAUGGGAUAUCCCAAGGAAACACAGAUAUAUGUUGCUUCUGGACAAGUGUAUGGUGGAAAGAAUCGGAUGGCUCCACUUAGAAAUAUGUUCCCUAAUCUGGUCACCAAGGAGGAACUAGCAAGCAAAGAAGAAAUAGACCACUUCAGGAAGCAUGUGACGAGCUUGGCUGCCCUCGAUUUCCUAGUAUGUCUGAAGUCAGAUGUGUUUGUUAUGACCCAUGGUGGAAAUUUUGCGAAGCUAAUAAUAGGAGCUCGCCGAUACAUGGGACAUAGGCUCAAGUCAAUAAAGCCAGACAAGGGGCUCAUGUCCAAAUCCUUUGGGGACCCCUACAUGGGUUGGGCAUCAUUUGUCGAGGAUGUCGUGAUCACCCACCACACGCGGACUGGCCUUCCAGAAGAAACCUUCCCCAACUAUGACAUAUGGGAGAAUCCUCUUACUCCAUGCAUGUGUAGAGCUUGAGCAGGGCUUGUCCUGUUUCCUACUUGUUAUAUCUGUUCUUUUCUUUCUUCAUGACUAAAUUCAGGCCUUGAACACUGUCGUUUUAGAAAGAUAGGCUAUAUAUGUGAUAGUGUUAGUUCUGCAGGUCAUGUUUGUUCUCUUUGUGAAAAAUAAGAACUUUAUUCCAA